GCUUAUAUGCGAGCGAACAUCAGCAAUUUUAAGACCUGCAGCGCAGACAGCAAAGCAGUGGGCAGUGACAUUCUGUGUGUUUGCAAUUAAAUUAAACAGGAGAUCGAAGGAAGAACUUUAGAGGAAAUGGGCGAAGCAUUAUUUGAUCUUGAACAACUCCUCAAGUCCCAAAAGGUAAGUUAUAAAAUCCUCUCUUUCUCUUCUAACCCUCUUUUAUCUUCUCCAAUACAGAUGGGUUCCUCCCUUUCUUUGAUUUUUGAGGCAUUGACACUCGAAGAAGCGAACAUACUUCAAACAUGCAAGUCUAAGGCUGUUAGGCAUUUUACGGCCGGUGUUAUUACCGGUGCCGCUGUUGCUUGGGCAGCAACAUGGAAGCUAAGUCGGUUUGCUCAAGCCAACAUUUCAGGAGGUGCUGCUGCUUUAUUUGGAUUCUGGAGAUUUAACAAGUCUUUGGAUACCUGUGUUGAUCAUAUUCUUGCUAUGGAUGGAAGUCGGUUGCAGAAGGAGUUAGCAAAUAUAAUGGCAAAUAAAUAUCAAGAUGAUCCUUGGUCAAUGCAUCGUUUGAAUAAGCAUUUCUAUUCAGAGAAUGUUUUUGUUGACUCAAACUCAGACAGGCCAAUAAUAAGGCGUCGAAAUCGGAAUUUCUUUGUUGAUGAUGUUGCUUAUGGUCAAAGAACGCAUGACAGUGAUUCUCACAAUGUUUCCCACGUUGACUCUGAUGUCAAAAGGGCUGAUGUGGAGUCCAAGAAAGUUCCUGCUGUUUUUUUGGCUUCUACACCCUCUAGCAGAAACUGUAGAGUGAGGAUAGGGAGGGCAGUCUUAGGGGGGAAGAGAAGUGAAAAUCCCAGUAUCUCAGCAUAUUUGAAAAUGAGACGAGCCAAGAUGUUGUGGAGAAAAUUAUGCGGUUAAGUGCAUGUAUAAGCAUCCACCAGGCAAGACUUGGCAUUUAUGCAAAAUCUCAGAACCAUAGUUUUCAAUAUGGAGUCAUGGGGAAACAGCCAGGGCUUUGGGCCUGGACUGGGACUUAACAAAUGCACUCUCAUGGGAAAGGAGGUAACCUUCUCCCCAGUUUGGACAGGAUUGUCAGCAGCACCGGACAAGAUUUUCUACUCCUUUAACGAGUCAAUACAUUCUGUAGUUGAUCCAUUGUAUACUGUAGUAAGCUUUUCUGCUGGAAGAGGUAUGAUUUUAGAGCAUAUUAGGCUUUAAAAGUGAAUUUGUAGGGAUUUGGUACCAAGCUUGGGAUACAUAAGUUGCUUGCCACAGGUAAGAAAGUUUUCCUCGGGUACUUUUGUGAUGGAAGGACAACAACUGUACCUACUGAAAUUUUUUAUGAACAAGCAACUGCAUCUGUUACAGGCUAGGCUAGGCUUUGUUGUGUUUUGUUUUGUUUUGUUUUUUUCUUUUCUUUCUUUGUUUUCUUUUCUUUCUUUCUUUUUUGUGUGUUGGGGAGCAUGCUCAUAAAGUUGCUCUUUGCAGACCUUUUCAAUCGCUUUGAAUUUAUUUUUCUCCUGUCUUUCACUUUGGUAUAGGAAAAACAGGGAAAAACUAAGAAAAGGGGUGAGAGAUGUAGCUAUGCUUCAAUAACUAUUUGUCUAUUCUUCUUGAGCAUGCAUGUCCAAUAUUAAAAUUCUUGCUUGAAGAUUGUAAUGGUUUCUUAGUUAUCACAUCAUCUAAUCUUAUCCUUGUGUUCUAGAUGAAACCUGGUGCUGAUGUAAUGGAAGACCCUCUAGAAUGUAUUUUUGGUUUCAUGGCAUCUGUGGAGGAAAUCCAUCACCCUGUUGCCUCAGGCAAACCUGCCAGGGUACUUAAUCGUAGCCAGAAAAGAUCCCAUCAUAGGCGUCGGAUGCGCCAUCGAGAAACGUCUUUGGACUCCGAACAUUUGUAACCACCGUAGAUUUAAGGUCAAUGAAUGACUUGGAGCGAACCAGAGAGAAUGCCCUUUCAAGUCCAAACCUUUGUUAGGUGUCACAUAAGCCUACUGUUAAACUGGAAUUGUCAGAUAAUUUUUGUAAGCAUUAUUCGAUUAACUCUAUAAGCAACUCUGAUGAUCAUGAAUGUCUA